AAAUUACUAACUGCGUGUAGUUAGGAGGCAGCCCAAUAGAUGGCUGAACCGUCGGUUAUUACGUCACGCUCUAUCGGUGCGCAUGACCGCUGUCCUCUGUUUGUUUACAUGGAACAGCUGAUUACUCCUGUUCGUUUUCAGUGUAACUCGGAUUCAAUGUAUAAUCUUAUGCUUGUUAAGAAAAUAUAUUUAUAUUUCAUAUAUUUGGUAAUACCAUCAGAUAGAUAAAACAUGUAUUCUUGCUGAACGAAGAUAAGUCGUCAGCAUAUGAGUAUAAAAUUACGAAAUUACUUUCACCCAAGUUUUAACGCAAGGGUUCGAACACCUUCUUGCGCGGGUCUUUGCGAAUGGACUGAAAAUGAAAACACGGAACACAAAAAUAAAAAGUAAUAGGAUUUAGGAGACGUGUUUCGGCUAAGUAGAUUAGCCAAUAUCAUCUUUACAAUAUGGAGGCAACAGAUAAAGAUGAGCUUGCUGCACAGCUAGCAAAAAUGAAGAAACAGCUAAGGCAUAAGGAACGGCAGCUUAAGAAGUAUAACAAAGCUUUAGAGGCAAAGAAGCAUGUACAGGAGACAAUAAGAAGACAAAACACUCAGUUAUCUUCUCAUGGCGCAGUUCUAAAUGGAGAUUUGACAGAAACCAGAGACGAGAGGGAAGGAAGGAGUAAUGAUUCACGAAUAGUAACAUUUAGCGAGAAAGAACCUGAAGUGAUUUACAUGAGUCCAUCUGAUCAAAAUGCCAAAAAUUUAAAGGGUAAAAAAAAAGGUAAGAGGGAAGUAUCACAGCUCAGUCUCCAGCAGGAUGUUCCAGAAAUGAUCGAUCUUGUGGAAGAAAAAAUUGCAAGAGACGAGUCUCCUCCUGUUUCAUCAUUUACAGAAAAUGAUACAAGUCAUUUGAGAACAAAAUCUGGCAACAAUGCAAAAGAUUCACUCAGCAGAACAGAAAUAAUCCCUUCAAGAGUUCAGGGCAUCAUGUUAGAUCAAAAUAGAGAGGACAGCACUCAUAAUGGCCAAAACAGCAUACAAGUCAAGAGUAAACCAAAUAUUACUGAUGAACUCAGAGAUGUGGAUGACUAUUCUUUUUCGAACUUAGAGGAAUUCUUUGAUAACAGUAAAGAAGGAGGCACUCACUCCAUUCCACAUGAAGGACCAGUAAUGGUCCAAACUGAUAUUAAUACCUGUCAGAAAAUAACAUGCACAGAAUCCAAUUUGGGUGCACAUGAGGACACAGACACAUUGCUCAAACACCAAGUUAUUUCAAAAUGUCCCAAUUUUAAGGCAAUGGUCGAGUCACAAGAUCUCUUUGCAACCCCACAAAAUGACAGCUCAUUCAUGAAGGAGAAUAUUGAUAUCAAGAGAAGAUGUAAACCUAAUGCCAAGCACGCAAUGCGUAGACUGACGCCAGAGAAUUGGCAGGGAAAAUCAGAUCACAGCUGUGUAGUUUCUGACAAGAAGACAGGACACUUUUUGAAGAAUGACACUGCAUCAGUCAAAAUUAAUGAAACUAAGACAGCUGAAAGUGAUCCUGAAUUUGUUGUAGAUAGAAAAGAUACGACCACAGAAAGUGAAUUUAAUUCUGUCUCUGUUUCCAGAAAGACAGAUGGAAUGGAUGUGACAGUAGGUAACCCUGUGUGUGAGGAGAAAAAGGUUGGAGAACCCAGUAAUAUUACUGAAAUGUUUGAGACAUCAUGUGAUGAUGAGGAAUUUGAAGAGGAAAUGAUGGUUGCUGCUUUAAGUGCUGAGGAAGGAGUCAUGAAUGUGGAUGAAAAGCAUUCAGAAACUGAACCAGGCUGUGAUAAUGUCAAAAUCUGUGGUAUGAGCCCAGCAGAGCCAAAAGGAAAAUUUGAGGAUACAGAUAUUUUAAUGGAUGAACAUACAGAACUUCUUGAUAUUGAAAGGAAAGAAGAUCUCCUGCCUGAAUCACAGGAGUAUACCAGAGACUAUAAAGUUCCACCCGGUAAUGGGAAAAUAAAUUACCAAACUCUUAGCUCAAGGCAAGAGUUUGGCAAGAUACUAACUACAUCUGUUGCAGCCAUAAAAGAGAGGGGCAAGGAAAUUGCAUGUGUUCUGCUUGUUCAUGAGUUUGGCCUCAUGCAGUGGAAGAUGAGUGACAAGGAAGGAAAUGCAGACGACCUCAGUCAAAAUUUUGGCCAGAACGUGUCUGGUCAUGAAUGGAUGUUGAUGGAUGAAGUUGACUAUUCUGUUGGAUCUGUCUCUGAAAUGAGAAAUAUUGUAGCUGUAGGCUUCCCUUCAGAAGAUGGGGCCAGAUACCUUGUGAUUUUGGAAAAGUUCCUAGAAAAGGAAGUGGUCAUGAUUUAUGUUCAGUUAACACCUAGCAGAACAAUGGAAACAACCGUUGUUCCUGUACAAUGUACAAUGUAUGAGAAGUUGCUAUGCUGUUCCCUCGGAGAAUGGAGCAUCAUCAUGUACUGGAGACCAGAAGAAGCUAGCAAAGACGGGUCACUGAUGAUCACAGACUUCGACUUAGCUUACUCCAGACGCAGCAAGAAGUGGCUUCUGCAGUGUGAGUCGAACGUAGUGGAUCCACAUUGGGAUGAAUCUCUUGUGGGUCUGGUACCACUGAAUGGCACAGGUUCAGAAGGCAUCAUCCUGUGUACAACCCCAACUGAGAUGUAUGUGUAUGAUGCAUUGCAAGAUGUAAUCAUUACACAGAUUCCGUGGCAUAUGUCUGUGGUCUGUUGGGCAGUUAGCGUAAAGGAAUAUUUAUUCAUUACUUCCAUCACAGCAGGAGAGGUUCAGAUAUCUGCAGUUAAUCCAAUAAAUGGAGAGAGUGAAACAUUCUGCAGUUUUUCUAUUGAUGAGAUUGCAGGCCGGCUAAAGAGCUGUAAAGUUGAAGAAGCAAGGGAAGUGAGGUUAAGUGGGGCAUAUUACUUACAGGGACUUGUACUUGUUUACAGCAAUGGAACUGUAGCACGUAUUCCCUUGACAGCAUAGCGAUUUAGUCAUAGCUGUGAUAUUGUAUUAUGUGACUAAAUUUCUUUUCUGCUAUUGUCAUGAGUAGAUUUUUUUUUGUUUCAGUUUCUUUCUGCCUUUGUUUUUCUUUCUUUCUUUUUAGAAUGUUUAUAUUUACUGUUGUUUGAUUGAUGUAUGGUGUAAACAUCAGAUGUUAUGUAAGAUGUAAUGAUAUCUGCAUGAUAUUUCGAGUGUGGAGGCUUCUUUUAAUAUGUGUAAAGAAUAAUAUGUGAUCAAAGAAACUGUUAUGACUGUAUAUAAAGAUGUACUUUUAUUGUUGCAUACCCAUUUGUAUAAAGCUUAAAGAAUUUACUUGUAUAUUUCUAGAAAAGAAAUAUUUUAUAUUUUUGAAUAUAAAUUUAGGAUGAAUUGUU